UCCUGCUGCCGCAGUGGCCAUGGUGUCCCGGGGCCAGGCUCACCUGGGCCCCAGGUACGUGGGCCUCUGGGACUUCGAGGCCCGCACGGCCGAGGAGCUGAGCUUCCGGGCGGGGGACACCUUCCACGUGGCCAGGAGGGAGGACGAGUGGUGGUGGGCCACGCGGCUGGACGCAGCGGGCAGGGCCCUGGCCGAGGGCUAUGUGCCCCGCAACUACCUGGCUGAGAAGGAGACGGUGGAGUCUGAGCCGUGGUUCUUCGGCCGCAUCUCCCGCUCGGAGGCCUCGCACCGGCUGCAGGCCGCGGGCACGGAGCCCGGGACCUUCCUGAUCAGGGCCAGCGAGAAGCCGGGCGCCGACUACGUGCUCUCGGUGCGGGACAGGCAGGCCGUGAGGCACUACAAGAUCUGGCGGCGGGCGGGCCGGCUGCACCUCAGCGACGCCGUGUCCUUCCCCAGCCUGCCCGAGCUCGUGGACCAUCACCGGACCCGGAGCCUGUCCCACGGCCUGCGGCUGACCCUGCCCUGCUGGAAACACGAGCCGGAGCCCCUGCCCCACUGUGCUGACUGGGAGAGGCCUCGGGAGGAGUUCACGCUCUGCAGGAAGCUGGGGUCCGGCUACUUCGGGGAGGUCUUCGAAGGGUUCUGGAAGGGCCAGGUCCGAGUGGCCAUUAAGGUCAUCGCCCGAGAUGACCUCCUGCACCAGCACACCUUCCAGGCGGAGAUCCAGGCCAUGAAGAAGCUUCGGCACAAGCACAUCCUGGCGCUGUAUGCUGUGGCGUCCGUGGGGGACCCCGUGUACAUCAUCACAGAGGUCAUGGACAAGGGGAGCCUGCUGGAGCUGCUGCGCGACUCUGCUGAGAAAGCCCUGCCGGUCUCCGAGCUGGUGGACAUCGCGUCGCAGGUGGCCGAGGGCAUGUGCUACCUGGAAUCGCAGAAUUACAUCCACCGGGACCUGGCCGCCAGGAACAUCCUGGUCGGGGAGGGCAACAUCUGCAAAGUGGGAGACUUUGGGCUGGCCAGGCUCAUCAAGGAGGACGUCUACCUUUCCCGUGACCGCAACGUCCCCUACAAGUGGACCGCCCCCGAGGCGCUCUCCCGGGGGCAGUACUCCAUCAAAUCCGACGUCUGGUCCUUCGGCGUGCUCCUGCAUGAGAUUUUCAGCAGGGGUCAAACGCCCUAUCCAGGCAUGUCCAACCACGAGGCCUUCCUGCGGGUGGACGCGGGCUACCGCAUGCCCUGCCCGCAGGGGUGCCCGCCCACGGCACAUCGGCUGAUGCUCUGGUGUUGGCACAAGGACCCUGAGCAGAGGCCGAGCUUCCAGGCUCUGCGGGAGAGGCUCUCCAGCUCCACGAGGUACGAGAGCCCACUCUGAGCACCGGCCUCCCUGCUGCUGCCUCGGGGCUGGCCACAAGGCGCCCACAGCUCUUCUGAGCAGGCUGGACACUGGACAGGGAAGUAGCCCUCUGCGGUCUGGGGGCUGAGGCUGCCCCUUCCAAGAUGCCAGCUCCUGGCAAGUGCUGGGCCUCCACAGCCGACGCCAACUCUGGAAGCCUCCAAGAGUGGACCAUCCCUGGCACUGACCGAAGCCCACUGGCUCAGGCAGGCCCAGGGGCAGGCCUCCACGGGCAGUGCACGAUGGGACCCUCAGCUCUGGCUGUGCGCUCCCUUCGCCACCUGGCCCCUGCUGCCCCUAGGUCCCCCAGCAACCUAUAGACGGGAUGGGGCACUGCUGCCUGUUACCCUGUGCCAGGCAGCUGUCUUCUGCCAUGGCCACCAGGAGGAUCUGGGGACUCUGCCUGAACACUGGCCAGAAAGACUGGCUGUGGCCCAGGCUAUCCUUAGGGACACCUCCCCAUCCCAGAUCCAUCUGAGCAGGUGGGAACAAGGGCCCAGCCUACCAGCCCUGGGACCACAAGGCAGGGGACAGGGCUGCCCCAUCCACCCGCCUGGACAGAGGGUUGGCAGAACACAGGCUGCCACCUGGCGCCACAAACCUCACAAGUGCCUUAGAAUAAAUUCAUGCGAACAUCUAUAGCACAGGUUGAGGGGGACAGGAAAGGAAGACUCUCUUAGGGGCCACCUGAACCCCACCCAGUGGCCAGUGGAAGCCGCUCCUCUCCAAGUCCCCCACCUCACGGCAGGCUGCACUCUCCUGGGGCACUCAACAGACAUGGGUCAGCCUCUUGGCCCCUGGGGCACGUGGACACGAGGAAGAUGACACAACCACUCUCCCCAGGUCCGAGCUGGACUUUGCCCCAAGCUGGGCUGUGGUGGGAAGGCAGCUAUGCAGCGCCCCACUCACUCCUCUUAGUUUUGGGUGCCUGAGACCACGCACAGGUCCAGCCCAGAGUGUACCCCACAGGGGCUAGAGGAGGUGACACCUUAUGGGAAGGCACCGGGGGCAACAGCCGGUCUUGUCCCUUCCCCUUCCCUCCCUCCCUAGAUGUUGGGGGCCUCUUUGGCUCUUACAGAAGGUACUGGGUCCCUCUAGCCAAAGGCUCCCAAGCUCACAGCCAGAGGCGCAGCCUCCCAGUGGCCACGGGGCCAGAAGCUGAGUCCCCCGGAGGCCCUGACCUCAAGAGCCUGUCCAGCUCCUUCGAGCAGCUUGGGGAGGGGGGA